CACGCUCGCGCAAACUACGUGCCCGUGAAGAGCGGCGCUUUAUGAUCAGUCCGGCUUUUGAAGAAAUAUGGCGGAUGUCGAGCUAGCAAAAGCUUUGAAGGAUUUACCAAAUCGAGUUCAGACCGGCAGUAAGAAGGAGCGGCGUGAGAUUUUGCAAAAUGUCGCCAGCGUAUUGUCAAAUCCCGGCAUUAAUGACAAAAUUGUUAAUGGAAUCUGUAAGGUGGUAUCACUUACUCUACAUAGAUAUAAAGAUAGUGCUUCUCAGUCCUACGUGAAAAACCUAAUUGUAGAAUUAAUUAAACAACAACCAGAUGCUACUAUCAAACAUAUGACAACUGUAAUUUCGGAGCAAGCUACCUGGCAUAAGAAUGUGGUUGCAACGUUGAACACUGCUCUAACUGCGUAUAUCGCAUUAAAGUGGUCAACUUUACUUAUUUUUCAUGGAUAUCACGAACAUUUAAUUCAAAUGGAUGAAUCUUUAGCAAAGCUCAUUGAGGCACAAGCAAAUUUAUCUGCUGCAACUUUAGCGUCUGCAGAUAAAAAACUUGCUAACAAGGUGUAUACGUUACUCGCACACGAAUGGAAAGCCAUUAUAGAUAUAGAACCUUAUGUUACACAUUUAAUAAAAUUGGAGCUUGGUAAUGGUAUAAUUAUUUUAGCCAGUUUACUUACAAAAUAUUUAGUUGCUACAAAAAAGAGUGAUUUGGUGGAGCAUUUGAAGAUAAACAUGAUAGAUGUUUUUAUAAAAGUGACAAUUAGUUGUAAGAAGAAACCAGAUUUGUACGUAGUCGAUGCAGCUGUGCCACUUCUUCGGAGAUUAACUCACGAGGAAUUCAAAACUCAAUUACUUCCCGCUUUACAAAAAGCUAUGUUGCGAAAUCCAGAGAUCAUAAUCGAAUCAGUUGGGCACAUUUUAAAUGGAUUGAGUCUUGACCUGAGUCAAUAUAGUCAAGAAAUAAGUAAAGGAUUAUUUGCCAAUCUACAUUCUAAGGAGGAUUUGGUCCGAGAUGAAGCAGUUGAAGCAUGCCGCAAACUUGCUACACAGUGUUCCGAUACGACGGCUGUGGAAAUAUUGUUAUCGUCCAUAUUUGCAGUAUUUCAUGGAUCGGAGGGUAAACUCACGGUCGCUACACAUAAGAUAUCUGUUCUGCAAGGUGCUGGCAAUCUCAGUUACAAUGUGGCUUCGAAUAGCAGCGUAUAGAAAUUA